GGCGGCGGCGGCGCGGGCGGGAGCGGAGCGCCCUCCUCCCGGCGGCGCCGGGCGGGGGAUGUGCCGGCCGCCGGGGGCGCGCCGCCCGUGGGAAGCGCGCUCCUAACGCCACCUGGGCGCCGCGGGGAGCGCUCGGCGCGGCGCGGCGCGGGGCCGUCGGGAAGCGGGCAGAUCUUGAUGGUUAUGGCAAAAUCUUUCAUCAGCGUAUGGCAUAAUGGGCUACCGGUUGGAUGAUUUACAGUCAUCUGAAACAUGAUGUAUACUACUUCUCUUCCUUGUCCAUGCCUACAUGCUGACACAUUACCAGUUUUGUUUCCAAAAGAGGAGUUCCCAGAAAUACACAGUGCCUGAUCCAACUAGCCGCUUUGAUGUUCCUCGCUGGAUCAUGUAGACUAUGUCAGAGAGCCACAAUGAUCAUGCAGAAUAACAGUUCAGCCUUGCCCCUGUUUUCAAAUGUGAGCUCCUUCUGGAAGAGAGAUUCACAUGGACCGGGACUCCUUGAUGAAGCAGCAUCACUCAUUGGCAGCUAUGAUUUCCCUCAGACCACAGAGAGUUCUCCCUUCUCCACUGUGGAACCAACAAACAUGUCCCUAAAUGCCACAGUCAAAGACCCUCUGGGUGGACACGCUGUCUGGCAAGUAGUUUUGAUUGCUUUCCUCACUGGGAUCCUUGCACUGGUGACCAUCAUAGGAAACAUCCUAGUGAUUGUUGCAUUUAAGGUUAACAAACAACUCAAAACGGUCAACAAUUACUUCUUGUUGAGCCUUGCUUGUGCAGAUUUGAUCAUCGGUGUAAUUUCCAUGAAUCUUUACACCACAUACAUCAUCAUGGACCACUGGGCUUUGGGAGACUUGGCCUGUGAUCUUUGGCUCUCCAUUGACUAUGUCGCCAGCAAUGCCUCUGUCAUGAAUCUCCUUGUCAUAAGUUUUGACAGGUAUUUUUCCAUCACCAGGCCGCUUACGUACAGAGCCAAACGAACAACCAAAAGGGCUGGAGUGAUGAUUGGUUUAGCAUGGAUCAUCUCUUUUGUUCUUUGGGCUCCUGCCAUCUUGUUCUGGCAGUAUUUUGUUGGGAAGAGGACUGUACCUCCUAAUGAAUGUUUCAUCCAGUUUCUAUCUGAACCUAUCAUCACUUUUGGCACUGCCAUAGCUGCCUUUUACUUGCCAGUCACCAUUAUGAGUAUUUUGUAUUGGAGGAUCUACAAGGAGACCGAGAAACGCACCAAAGAGUUAGCAGGGCUACAAGCUUCGGGCAGCGAAGCAGAGGCAGCCCGCUUCGUACACCAGACAGGCAGCUCCCGGAGCUGCAGCAGCUACGAGCUGCAGCGGCAGAGCAUGAAACGUUCCACCCGAAGGAAAUACAGACGCUGCCACUUCUGGCUCACAAUGAAGAGCUGGGAACCCAAUGCAGACCAGGGGGACCAAGAGCACAGCAGCAGUGACAGCUGGAACAACAAUGACGCUGCUGCCUCCCUGGAAAAUUCAGCCUCCUCCGAUGAAGAAGAUAUUGCUGCAGAGACCAGAGCCAUCUAUUCAAUCGUGCUGAAGCUUCCUGGUCACAGCGCCAUCCUCAAUUCCACGAAACUACCCUCCUCAGAAGAUUUGCAUGAGUCAGGGGAUGAACUGCAGAAAUCCGAAAGAGAAUCAAAGGAGAAGAAACCUAAAAAAUUGCACCCUCCCAAAAGUGUUCAGGAUGGUGGAAAUUUCCAAAAGAGCUUUUCUAAGCUUCCAAUUCAGCCGGGAUCAGCAGAGACAACCGCAGCUUCUGAUGGCAUCUCAUCAGUGACCAAGACAUCCUCAGCCCUGCCCUUAUCCUUCAAGGAAGCAACCCUGGCAAAAAAGUUUGCCGUGAAGACCAGAAGUCAGAUCACAAAGCGAAAACGAAUGUCACUUAUCAAAGAAAAGAAAGCAGCACAGACACUCAGUGCCAUUUUGUUUGCCUUCAUCAUUACCUGGACCCCAUAUAACAUCAUGGUUCUGGUGAACACCUUUUGCAGCUGUAUCCCCAAAACUUUUUGGAACCUGGGGUACUGGCUUUGCUACAUCAACAGCACAGUGAACCCCGUGUGCUAUGCACUGUGUAACAAAACAUUCAGAAACACUUUCAAGAUGCUACUGCUGUGCCAGUGUGACAAACGAAAACGACGCAAACAGCAGUAUCAGCAAAGGCAGUCCGUCAUUUUUCAUAAGCGGAUCCCUAGGGAGGCUUCAUAGAAUAGUAUUUUUUAAACAAUUUUAAAAAAUAACGAAGAGGGGAUAGGAUAAGAUGGGAUGGGACGGGAUGGGACAGGACGGGAUGGGACAGGACAGGAUGGGAUGAGAUGAGACGGGAUGGGAUAGAAAGGGAUGGGGCGGGAUGGUUUGGGGUGGGAGGGUGGUUCCAGGGUGCUGAUUUGAGCGUUUAAACAUCAAGACGUGAAAGCAGCUGCCAGGCUUAUGUAUCCUUUUAAUAAAUCCAGUUUAAUAUAAAAAAAAUCAAGUCUGCAUUCAGCAAAAACUAACAAACUUCAACGUUUUUACUAAGGAAUGAAAGACUUAAUAAAGUUUUCCUACAAAUUUGCAAGAAGCUGUAUAGCAAUUAUAAACCCAUUACUGAUCUGCCCAGCUCUUUGAUUAUAGUCAACUCUGGGAUCUCAGGUAAGCACAUCUAGCUAGCCCAACUCUUCUGUUUCCAAGGAGUCCAACAACUUUCAAUUCACAUCACAGACCGAUGUAGCAAGCUAGUGAAACAGGAUUAUGAAAUUAUUUGAGACACUGUAUAGGUUGCAAAAUUGCUUCUCGUUGUCCAGGUAGAGCUUCCUGUCUACUUCUCUUUUGGUGUAUUGUUAAUUGUACCCCCGAUUCCCGAUUGCUGAGUAUCUAUGUGUGCAGCUCAUGUUAUAUAUACGUGUGUGUGUGUGAGUGUGUAUGUAUGCAUAGCAUACAUUCACACCUCAAAAAUACACACAUACCAGGAAAGAGGUGAUCUAUUGUUCUAGGUUUUACAGGGCCACCCCAUCACAGUCACAUGUGAGUGAAAUUAAAAAAAAAAAAAAUCAGAAAACCAUAUUACAAAUAUGUACUUGCCCCCUGAAAUUCAAGUGUCCACUACGUUCAAAUGGAGACAACCAAAGCGUGGCCUGUGAGCCGAGCAGUCUACAGAAUUUUAUAAUGGGGCACAUGCCCAGUAAAACCUUACUCUUGAGCACAGUAUCUUUCCCCAAAGUUAUCACGCCUCUUUAAAAGAUAUGAAGGCAAAAGGAAUGGAAAGCUAUAUUGAGGGCAGAGUAUGAAGUUAUCUUUGUGAGGUGGAGGAUGAUGAGAGCCCCCGUCUGGGCCGCACAGUGCUGAUGCUCAAAGGGAGUUGCUCAGGAACGAGGCGGAUGCAGCCAUUAGCAGGAGCCGUUUCGUGCUCGGGCGGCUGCACUGCUCUCAGGGCACGCACGGACACGGCGACGCCUUGUCCCGAGUUGCACUGCGGGGAUGCACCACCCUUCUCGGAGCCGGCUCAGAUCCGAUGCACAGGGUCCGUGCAGCUUCCCAUGACAGUCUGAGUUGUAAUUUUUUGUCUUAACUUGGUGGAGUCCCCCGGCUUGCACUCUCUGCCCAGGUGAUCUUCAGAUGCAGAAGAUUUGUGUAGAAGAAAUGCUUUAUUUUUGCGCGUGAAGGAUGCUCACUGAAAAGUGCUUCUUUUCCAGAAUCUGUUUUAAAAAUCCUUAGGAGAAGUGCACCUAGACCUGUUUAAUGCCAGGUUAUUCAGUGUUGCGAAAAACAUGGCUAUUGCCAAUUUGUAACCUGGCAAUUUUUUUUAAAGAAACUUUUAAAAGGGCUUUAAUAUUUCUAGCGUAGACAUGACCAGUAUUUCCUGGUAUUUGUGAUGUGGUCUGUACCAAACAUGAUUUAUAAAAGUCAGAGAUCUCCUGGGGAAAGGAUUGUACUUCAAACUAUUGUUCUAAAUCUGAUUUAGUUACAUGUUGAAAGAUAAUUUUGUAUUCUCCUUUGAACUGACCAAAACUUUUUUUUUAAUAUUGCUUAGACUUUUAUUUUGCUGAAAAUAAAAGAAAACAAAUAUCUUCUUUUACAAAGGGGCAUCGGUGUUGUGAACACAGAACUGAUGUAAAAGCUGCUUUUGUAUUCAGUGUGAGAUGGUGUUUACAGAUGAUUUUGACAAAAGUGGAACUAUAUUAAAUGGUGUCUGUGUAUCUGAA